GGUGAUAAGAACUAAAGACUGGGACAAGUAAACGUUGCCCAAUAUUUAUUUUCUAUGUCAUUUCCUGUCACUGCAGUGAGGCAUUUUAUGAAGUUAAGUUAAAAAAAACAUAUGAGGGGUCAUUAAUACCACAACGUAAAUGUCUGUCCACUUGCCUGUUACAGGUUUAGCCACUGCGUUUGUCAUUUUCUUCACUAUGUUGAACAUUAUCUUAUUAACGAACAGCUGCGGUGUGUAAAUCCACCGUUAUCAUUUAACUUCAGCGCUCCUAGAAAUGCCAGAUGAGAUUAAUGAACACUGUGUUUCUCACCCUUUCAUUGUUCUGUAUGUUUAUAAAGUAUUUAUGAUCCUGAUUAGGAUAUAGACAAUACAACAGCAGAUUUGCAGACACAUGGUUGCACAUUUUGAAGAUCGCUGCUCUAAUUCUGUUUUCAUUUUUCAAACCUCCCAACUGACUAAUCACACAACUUAACAGAAAAAUAUAACCCUUUUGCUCAAGAAAACAAUGACUAAAAUCUCCAGGCGAAGGCGUGUAGAGACUCCUAAUGACCUUGCUGGUGUGCAGAUGCAGGAGACUUGUCUGGAACAACUCCCAUCAUCUAAUGGAUGCCUAACCUAGUUUCCACGGCAACUGCAGAGACUAUCCUCCCAAGAAAAAUGACAUCAUUAGCCGAGUCGGCAAAUACCCAAAAACAACACGUUUACGCUUGAGUGACAAAGACCUCUAGCUAGCAGCCAUAGCGAGUAUGACUCCUGUCGAUCGGGAGCAAAGGAAGAAAUAGCAUGACCUUAUUACAGACCCACAUAGCUCACAGAGGGUGGAGGUUAGGGUGGAUGAGUGGGUGACACUCGAACACAGGACACUGGUCCAGAUUUGUCAACAUUGGUGUCGUUUAGCCAUGACCAUGACCAUGACCACUCACUAACCAGUGCCAAGUUGUGAUUUGAACUCAAAUUACAAUCUUUGCUAGCAUACUUGGGACAUGCUUCAAAUGUGUAUGGUUUUGUAGCAUAGUUUUCCUGUGUAAUUUUUGUCAUUUGAUAUCUUACUUAAAAAAAUAAGAUGCUUUAAUGCUUAUGUCUUUUACUAUUAUUCUUUUAAUUAGUUUAUUAGUUAAUGUUUUUUAUUUUACUUCCAUGGUGAUUCUCUUUGUUUGGUUCUGUGUGGCACUAAUCACCUCCCAUACAUUCCAGGAAAUAGUAGCAUCCAGUGCAUGCACCGAUUCCAGAGGCGUGGAUUCCCAGCACUGUUGUCUCCUUAAGGAUAAAUAGGCUGUUUGCCUUUAACUCCACUGUACCCCACUGUGCAGAGAAAUGUAGUGCUAGCCUCCUGUUUUGUCGGCACACAAAAAGAUGUGCCGUGUAGUUGUUUCUAAUUAUAGCCAAUCUUAUUUUUACCACAUCGACGCCUUAUUGCAUUAUGGAUGCCUCUGGAAUGGUGUCCCUUCGAGAUAGCGUGGGAAUAUUUCAGUAGAGGCUGUGGCCGUGCAUCUCAGGGCUAAAUGCUCCAGCAUCAUCUCAGUUUGCCCGCCUAUAACUGCAAGAGCAUCUCAUUUACCGGAGGCUGUUACUGUGCCAUGCCCGUAGUCUGAGUCCAGGCUCCUGUGCACGGGGAUGCGUUUGUUUUAUCCGCUGCUGAAGACUUUAUUUUCUGCAUGCCGGAUUUAACUCCACGGGAGCGCUAAUGCGGGAGUACAAGGUGGUGGUGCUGGGCAGCGGCGGGGUGGGGAAGUCCGCGCUGACGGUCCAGUUUGUCACCGGGACAUUUAUAGAGAAGUACGACCCCACCAUUGAAGAUUUCUACAGGAAGGAGAUCGAGGUGGACUCCUCGCCGUCGGUGCUGGAGAUCCUCGACACGGCCGGCACCGAGCAGUUCGCCUCAAUGAGGGACCUUUACAUCAGGAACGGCCAAGGCUUCAUCCUGGUCUACAGUCUGGUCAAUCAGCAAAGUUUUCAGGACAUCAAGCCCAUGAGAGACCAGAUCAUCAGGGUCAAAAGGUACCAGCAGGUGCCGGUGGUGCUCGUGGGUAACAAGGUGGACCUGGAGGAGGAGAGGGAAGUGUCCCCCAGCGAGGGCCAGGCGCUGGCCGAGGACUGGGGCUGCCCUUUCAUGGAGACAUCGGCCAAGAGCAAGACCAUGGUGGAUGAGCUUUUCGCCGAGAUCGUCCGGCAGAUGGACUUCUGCCCUCUGCCGGACCGGAGAGAGACCUGCUGCCCCGCCUGCAGCAUACAGUAGCAGUCGAUCGGUCUGCUGGAGGGGUGAUGGAUGGGAGGAGGGUAGAGAUUAGAAUGCAGAUUAAUUCAUGUUAGAUAGAUUGAAGAUGGAGGGGUUUAAAGCAAACAUCCACUUUUGCUUUCACUAUUUCUACCUGCUUUCUGCGUCUAACAGUUCAGGCCUUUGAGUUGGUUAAGAAGCAUUCUGGGAAAUGUAGGAAAUCACGUAGCAGAAGCAUACAGCGCAGAUUAAGGGAAAUUUAACAUUCAUCGCUCCUCCGACAAAGGUGGAUUUUCCCUUCAAAGAAAAAAAAAAACAACACUUGACCUCCCACGUCUAUCACCACCCUCCUUGAUUAACGAGAUUGAAUUUUCGGGGUUUCCCAAAGGCAGCACGGUGCCAAAACCAUCUCAAAAGCCAUUGACAAAGCGGAUCAUAGCGCUAAAUGCUUUUGGGAAACCAGCCAUAGGUCUAAGCAGGGAUGGCAGUGCGCUCAGCAGUGUUAUCGGUCCCGUUUUCUUCUGCUUGUGUUUUUCCUUUAGCACUUUCGAGACUUUUUUGACAGUGCAAGACCAAUCACCGAGUAUCUGAGGGGAUGUCACCACUGUGAAGAAGUCGGUUAAAAUGCAGGCCCACCUAACUACGAAUGAAUGAACAGAUGAACGAAUGUCUAAAAAGGAAACUGCACCUUUGGGGAAAUUCAUUCAGAAGAUCCCAAAUGUUGACAUACUGUGGAUGAUGUGUGCAUGAAGUUGUGCUGUCACGCUGACACUGAGUACAAUCAAUCUCACCCAAAGAGACACCAUCAGUCAAUCAACCUAUCAGUCAAUCAGUCAAUCAGACAACUGUCUUUACACCUUACAGAUGAUACAAAUGCCUUGUUACAUUGUAUGAAGUGAACAUCAGUGUCAGUGUGUAGUUCAUUUAUCUUAAAUCACGUCAGAUAUGUUAGCGGUUCAAUGUCAGAAACACUUAUUUUCAACAAAAAUAAAUCUUUAUGCACAAA